AUAUCUAGAUUCAGCAGAGAAACUUUACCCUGAAGAACUUCCACCCCGUUUCAACUAUGUAACAUCCAAAAGAGUAGAUGGAUUUGAUAAUGUUGAAGACAGUAGCCCAAGUCAUCUGUGUCAGCAAACUUGGUCUUCAACGUCCUGUUCUUUGCCUGAUUGUGCAUUAGCUAAAGGUGUGGAAACAAUGGCUUCCAAGAGUGAAAUUGAUGCAUCUCAAUCAUUUAAUGACUCCCACUGGCAAAUGUAUUCAGUUUCCAUCAGCAUGCCUUCUUCUCCUUCGAGGAUUCACUUAGAAAGCAGUAAAAGAGAACACCCGAAGCAAGAAGGAAGAAACGUCAACAAUGGGAUUCCAAAUCCUCCUACUACAUCCAUUGCUGCUAGCAGUGAACACCCAAAGCAUGCACGGUUUUAUUGUCAGCCCAUACCUGCCAGCACUUCAUAUGUUGGGGCAGCUAUCAGUGGUGAAUCCCUCAAUCUUGUAGAGAAUGAACAGAAAAAUCCGAGGAUUGAUAGGCUCAAGGAUAGGCACUAUGAUUCUUUCAAAACUUUUUCUGGGAAACUUGAGAAGAAGCUAUCUCGUUUACAUGGGAAGCACUGGGAACCGGAACCAGAACCAGAGGUUAAUUUUUCACAGAAUGCUGAGAUUCAGGCUUUACCUGUGGAUCGGUACUUCGCUGCCUUAGAAGGGCCCGAAUUGGAUACUCUUAGAGCUUCAGAGGAGUCGGUACUCCCAGAAGACAAGAAGUGGCCGUUCCUUCUACGUUACCCAAUAUCUUCAUUUGGUAUCUGCCUCGGUGUUAGUAGCCAAGCCAUCCUGUGGAAAACCCUGGCAACCUCCAAAUCCAUGAGCUUUCUCCACAUCAGCCUGACAGUCAACCUUGUACUGUGGUGUAUCUCUGCUGCUCUUAUGGUCACUGUUUUCUUCAUAUAUUCUCUGAAAGUCAUAUUUUACUUUGAAGCAGUCCGUCGUGAGUACUACCAUCCCAUCCGUGUCAACUUCUUCUUUGCCCCAUGGAUAGCCUCUCUGUUCUUAGUUCUUGGCGUCCCACCUUUGGUUGCCAAAAGCCUUCAUGCUGUGUUCUGGUACAUUCUCAUGACUCCAAUUAUCUGUCUUGAACUUAAAAUCUAUGGACAAUGGAUGUCGGGAGGUCAGCGAAGACUUUCAAAAGUAGCCAAUCCUUCAAAUCAUCUCUCAAUUGCUGGUAACUUUGUGGGUGCAUUGCUGGGUGCUUCAAUGGGGCUGAAAGAAGGGCCUAUUUUCUUCUUUGCUGUUGGGUUGGCUCACUACAUGGUCCUAUUUGUAACGCUCUACCAGAGACUUCCAACAAAUGAGACACUUCCAAAGGAAUUACAUCCAAUGUUCUUUCUUUUUGUUGCCGGACCCAAUGUUGCGUCUAUGGCAUGGACACAGAUACAAGGGGAAUUUGAUUAUGGAUCGAGGAUUGCGUACUUCAUUGGUUUGUUCCUAUAUUUCUCACUGGUUGUUCGAAUUAAUUUUUUUCGAGGCUUCAGGUUCUCACUGGCAUGGUGGGCCUACACUUUCCCAAUGACUGGGGCAUCUAUUGCCACCAUCAGGUACUCAAAUGAAGUCACAAACAUAGUAACACAGAUUCUGUCAGUUGUUCUUUCUGGCAUUUCGAUCAUCACAGCAAUAGCUCUGCUCAUCGUCACCAUCCUUCAUGCCUUUGUGUUGCGGGACCUCUUUCCGAAUGAUAUUGCCAUAGCCAUUUCAGACAAAAGGUCAAAGACAGGCAAGAAACGGUCUCUGCGAUCCGGAAGUUCAGAUACUAAAGACAUUGAAGCUUCUCUGAAACAAGAAACCUCCGCCGGCUGAAACAUUGGAACUUCUUUGGAAUCUGCAAGCUCAGUUAGUAGAGAUUUGGGUGCUUCUUGUCAGGUUUAGUAUUGAAGUAUGAUCAGGGUGAUGGCAAUUAGUAAUGUAGGUGAUCAUUUGCUUAUUGGUUAAUCCUAACAAAGGCUAAUUUUCUUGACCUACACAACCUUGUAGAUGGUCUGGGAGUUGUGGCCGAAGAUAGUCUUGGGAUUGUCUAUGACAUGAAUUUCUUUAAAGAGUGUAUCAGUAGAGAAGACAAUGUAAAAAUUGAGAAUUCAGUUGCCUUUUGUUG